AUGAAAGGGUUGGAAGAACUGUUAGAGGUCUGCCUGCUGUCUCAGGCGGUGGAAACAAAUCUGGCGUCCAAAGACAGUCACUGGGUGUUUGUCAACGAGGAAAUCAGCGACACGGAGAUCCUGGAGCUUACCCACAGUGCACUGGGGCGCAUGACGGUGAUCCGGCAGAUCUUCCCCAUGUGGAGGGACAGCAGCAGCCGCUGUAUGAGACACAACCACCGGAUCUCCUCUCUGCUGUGUGACCCGCAGGAAGGAUACCUGCAGAACCUGGAGGUGUCGAACCUCUACCUGUAUGACAGUGUGCUGAUGCUGGCCAACGCCUUCUACAGGAAGCUGGAGGACAGGAAGUGGCACAGUAUGGCCAGCCUCAACUGCAUCAGGAAGUCCACCAAGCCGUGGAACGGAGGCUGGUCCAUGCUAGAGACCAUCCAGAAGGGCAACAUCACGGGUCUGACAGGUACGAUGGAUUUUAAGGACGGCGGCUCCAACUCUCACGUCCAGUUUGAGAUCCUCGGCUCCAGCUUCAGCGAGACCUUCGGCAAGGACAUCAAGAGGCUCGCUACGUGGGACUCGGUUCACGGACUGAACGGCAGUCUGAAGGAGAGUCGAAUAGAGAAUGGCAUGCAGGGCGUGACGGUCAAAGUGGUCACUUUACUGGAGGAUCCUUUUGUCAUGGUGGCAGAGAACAUUCUCGGGCAGCCGAAGAGAUAUAAAGGCUUCUCCAUCGACGUCCUGGACGCACUCGCCAAAAUCCUGGGCUUCAAAUACGAGAUCUACCAGGUGGCAGACAGUAAAUAUGGAUCUCAGCUUCCUAACGGUUCAUGGAACGGCAUGAUCGGUGAUCUCAUCAACAAGAGAGCCGACUUGGCGGUGUCAGCCAUCACCAUCACGCCAGAGAGGGAGAACGUGGUGGACUUCAGCAAGCGCUACCUGGACUACAGCGUCGGCAUCCUGCUGCGGAAACCCGAAGAAAAGAUCAACAUCUUCUCUCUGUUUGCGCCGUUCGACCUGGCCGUCUGGGCCUGCAUCGCGGCGGCGAUCCCCGUGGUGGGAGUGCUCAUCUUCUUGCUCAACCGGCUGCAGGCGCUGCGCUCCUCCUCUACCCAGAAUGCACCGCCGGGCCAGCCCUCCAAUGGCGUGGGGUCGGGCACUCUGCACAGCGCCAUCUGGAUUGUUUACGGAGCGUUCGUAAAUCAAGGUGGGGAUGGUGCGAUCGGCUCGGUGGCUCUGAGGAUCGUCAUGGGCAGCUGGUGGCUCUUCACGCUCAUCGUGUGUUCGUCGUACACUGCCAACCUGGCGGCGUACCUCACCGUGUCACGCAUGGACCACGCUAUACGGUACGUUCUCACACACACCCGUGUCUGUAUGCCUGAGCUCACCCCGACAUUCACAGUUUACUGUGCGGCAGCUGCAGCAACGAGGGAUAAAAAGAACCAGGGUUAUGUGGUGUACAAGAUCUUGGAGCUGCAGGAGAAAGGCGACCUGGACAUCAUGAAGCAGAAGUGGUGGCCCCGCACCGGCCGAUGCGACCUCAACAGCCACGCAAGCGCCCACCCCGACGGCCGCUCCCUCAAGCUGCACAGCUUCGCCGGAGUCUUCUGCAUCCUGGCCGCCGGCCUGCUGCUGGCCUGCCUGGUGGCCGGGCUGGAGGCUUGGUGGAACAGCAACCGCUGCCGCCAGGAGCAGCCCAAAGAGGUGACCGAGCACAGGGCCCGGCGGACGGGCCAGCGGGGGGAAGACACUGCCACACUCUACUUUAAGGAUCCAGCCGCAGACGCGAGCCCCGACUUAGUGGAGCUCCAGUACACCCAGCUGUAG